AUGGAUCUUGAUGCGAUACCUGCGCUCUCCGCUCGGAAGCCUCAUCGGAGCUCGGUCGAAAGCGCAGCGCUCGUUCGAACAGUCAAGGCGCCGCGUGUUGUGAGCAGGCGACCAGCCAUGUGUAUGGAUCAACAGAGCCUUGGACUGCUCGCCUUGCCUGCCGAGCUCUUAGCAAGCAUCGUCGUUCAUGCUGUACGAAGCGAUGCCGGUGCUCUUCUUGCGCUCAGCGAGUCCUGUCAUAAGCUCAACGCCGUCGUGCUCGAUCUGCGCAAUCUGUCAUUCACCUGCGAUGUUGCUAUCGGGCAGGACACACAGCGAGAAGCACGGUACAAGGCACAUGCGAAGAUGAGUACAAUGUGCGCUGCUUGCGGCGCAAGGCAAGGGGAGCCAAAAAGCGAACUCGUCGAUAACUCGUUUCCUCACGGUCGCAAGUUCAUCUUCUGUGAUCCAUGUUACUUGGCAAGCAUCAACCUCUCGCACUGGUCCGAAGAAGAGCGCGGAUACUCGGCUGCCUACUGGCGUGACAGAGCAGCUAAGAGUAUCGAGCAUAUUUGCGGCCCUCUCGAAGUCACAACAGAUGCCUGGGACAAGCAAGUCGAGCUCUUCCGUCACGAUCAUGCACUGUUUGGUGUCACCUGGCGUCUCAUCUCGGAGCUGCCUGUCCGAUCGCAUCACUCGCCCGCCUCGCUUGUCACCGGUCACCCACCAGAUGACUCUUCUGCUGCAAGCAUGGUCGAAGCGGGCGACGAUACGCUGGCCAAGGUUUGUCGCUCACGGCCAACAUUCAGGAGCGAUCAGCAAAAGACCUCUCCCGUCGUCGCGCAACACGAAGCCAGCGACAGGCUCGUGCGACUGCAGAUGGAUGUCGCGGCAGAUCGACCUGCCUGGCAAAUUGGAGACGCUACCGGCACACCUUUUGCGCCUGACACGGUCAUCAACGACGAUCAGGAACCUGGACUCUCUGAAAGAUCAGAUCAGAGGGCGACGAAUCCGGUGACAGAUGCGCAGGAUCUCACGCGCGACCGUGUUGCUGUAGUGGAGCUCAUACCAUUCAGUAGAGAUGUUUGGUGCAACUCUGCAGACGAUCUGUUUGCAUGGGAUGGCAUCGACUUUGGUCUCUGCUUCAGACGAAGAUAUAUCGACGGUCUGCUCCCUCUGCUUGCUCUAGUAUUGUCCCUCGGCCUCCUCGUAGUACCGCCUACUCUUCGAUGGAGUAUCAGCAGACUCAUCAGACCUCAGCUUGUCCUACCGGCAAAUGACAACUCAUCUCGGUUGGGCGCAACAGAGUAUUCUGCCAAUCCGCUCGUCACCGAAGUAGAGAACGUCGUCGUUGCUGCCGAAGCCAAGCUGGAAGGCGUUCCUGUGCCACAGGAAUGGGCCACACGUGCUGCCUUUUCAUCUGCCGAUGCAGUAAAGAGUCACGAUGCGCCGCUCAACAAGCGAGGCAGUCUGCUCAGAGGCUUACGCAAGAGCAAGUCGGCCGCUCUCGAAGUGAUCCUGUCAUGUAUCGUUGUCAUCUUGCUUGCUAGUACGCUCGUCUUGGAAUCAAGACCAAACUCAGUUCAACAUGGUACCGGCUGGCUCGGGACUUCCCUGCUCGUCUGGCUGUACUUCACCGGUCUGGCAGGUCGUAGAUUGUACCUGCUUCUGCUCGAUAGUGCCAUCAUUUGGAAUGGUAGCGAACUUCCACAGGGACCUAGCACAGAGCUGACGAGGUUACCUGCCCAUCUCGUCGCUUUCAGCAUUGCUUACUUCUUCAUCGUCGUGCUGGAUUGGCGGUCUGUCAUGCUUAAGCGAGCAAGAUGGUCGACCGAUACGCUCCUCAUCUGUGAAAGUGCCUUACUCGGUACACUCGCUCUGCUCGUCGGAGUCCAGAUCUUCACGCCUUUCAGACCGGCUUAUGAAGAGCGGCGACGGGCGUUUGCUCAGCAUGCAAAGGCGCAAGCCAAGGAAGAGCUCCAAGUGCAGUCCGCGGAGGAGUAUGCUUCGCUCUGGUCAUACGGCACUUUUGGAUUCUUCGAUGGUUUCAUUCGCAAGUAUGCCAGGACGGCACCGACGAGAAGACAAGUGCCCGAUCUGCUCACUCGCGAUCGCUCUGGCCCGGUCUUGCUCGCUUUUCGAUCGACAACAUACCCUAGCUGGCUAGGCAAAUCGCCUAACCUUGCACUACGGCUCUUCUGGUUCUUUCGGUCUGAUCUUAUCGCUCAGCAAUGCUGGGCAUGGAUCGCCGGUGUCCUUAUGGUCCUGCCUGCUUUCUUCUUGCAAAAUCUCAUCGAUCUCGUCGGAGACCGUGCCGCUGGGCUAGCUAGACCCGCACAUGUCACUGUCCUCUUCGCGGGCGGUCUCGCACUGUCCACAUUUCUCAAUGCGAUCGUCAUGUCACAAGCGCUCUAUAUCGGCAGACUGAUCUGUAUCGAUAUACGCUGUAUCGUCGUGGGCGAGGUCUUCGCGAAAGCGUUACGCAAGCAAGAGGUCAACUCAGGCGAACGUAAGGAGGGCGAGCAGGAAAUCGCUUCUUCUGGUAAGAUCAAUAAUCUUGUGGCCGUCGAUAGUUUCAGGCUUUCAGAGAUUUGCGCGUAUCUUCAUUUCAUGUGGCCGCAAGGCCCAGUCACUCUGGUGUUGACGACUGCGUUUCUCUUCAAGGUGCUCGGUUUAGCCGCUAUCGCCGGCGUCAUCGUCAUGUUGGCGCUCAUCCCCAUUCAAGUUGUUUCAUCGCGAUUCUACUUACGCUUCCAAGCCUCGCUGCUCAAAGCUGCCGAUCGACGGUUGGAACUGGCGCAAGAGAUUAUCACGAGCAUCAGACAUAUCAAGUUUUUUGCCUAUGAGAGCCAAUUCCUCGAUCAACUUACAGAUGCAAGGAACAACGAGCUGGCGGUGCUCAGGCAACGUCUCGUUGCAUUCCUUGUAAGCUGUGUCACCUACUUCGUCUCACCCAUCUUCAUCGCAUUGGCUACCUUUGCAACACACACGAAGAUACUCGGCAGACCACUUGAGCCCUCGGAAGCCUUUACGGCAAUCUUGCUGUUCUCGAUCAUGCGCGGAGCACUUGAUAUGCUUGCAGAUCUGGUGGUCAAUGUACAGCAGGCCUGGAUCUCGCUUAAGCGUAUAGAUGUCUUCUUGCGAGAGGAGGAUACAGCAAAAUGGAACGACCUUCUCGAUGCGGAUGACUCGGAGGUCACUGAAAGGCGGAUCGGCUUUUCCGACGCUACCUUUGCUUACUCGGUCGAUGCAACCUGCAAGCCAGAGGGCUUCGCAUUGCGCGAUUUGAAUUUUGAUUUUGCUGAUGUUGGCCUGUCCCUCGUCAUCGGCACGGUGGGCGCUGGCAAAUCAUCGCUGCUGCAAGCUCUCCUGGGCGAGAUGCGAUUGGUCAGAGGCAAGCGCUUCCUGCCAAGCCCUAUAUCCCGCAGAGCCGACAACAGUCAACCCGAAUUUGUGGAGUCGACCGCUUUCUGCGCUCAGCAACCAUGGCUGCUCAGUGAUACGAUCAAAGAGAACAUACUUUACGGUUGCGCAUUCAGAGACGUGCGCUACCGCGAAGUGCUGCAUGCUUGCGCAUUGGAUAAAGAUCUAGAGCAAUACGAGCAGGGCGAUAUGACCGAAGUCGGUGAAUCGGGCACCAUUCUCUCUGGAGGUCAAAAGGCGCGACUCAGCUUAGCGAGAGCACUCUAUUCCCAAGCCAGAGUGCUGCUGCUAGAUGACAUCCUAUCAGCAGUCGAUAGCUCGACGCAAGUGCAGCUUUUGCAUGCUCUCACCGGACCACUGAUGCGUGGCAGAGCUUGCAUCCUCGUCACACAUGCUGUCAGCAUCUGUCUGCCUAAGGCUGCCUUUGUAGUCAUCAUGAAGGGCGGCAAGGUAAAGGAAUGUGGGCCGCCUCAUACGCUCAGCUCUACUCCGACUUCUGGCUUCGCUACUCCCCUCGCUGGUAGUACAUCCGCCGAUGUCAAAUCCGUCCUGACCAAGGCGAUUGCAGAAAAGCUAGGACCAGCGCAGCCUGCGCCAACAGACAAGCCGCUCAAGAAGCUGCAUGAAAUCGAGACCUCGGGUCGCGGCCAGGUUUCUUGGCGAGUCUAUAGCUUCUAUCUCGCCGCUACUGCCGGCGUUCUCCUCUGGAUUCUCAUACUCGGCACAUUUAUCGCCGGACAAGUUGCAGAUGUAGGGACGAAUGCUUGGCUGCGCCAGUGGGCCGGCUCUUACAGCCCACAGGCGAAAGCUCGUGUCCUCGGGCCAUACGCACUCUUCGUCCUCGAUCUCAGGAAGUCAGAUGAUCCGACGGACUACUAUCUCAAGAUCUUUGUCCUCAUCUCAGCCGCGUCAGUAGUGCUCUACCUCGUGCGAAUGACAGUUUUUCUCUGGCGUGGGCUGACAGCUUCUCGCACAAUCCACAAGCGGCUCAUUGAAAGUUUGCUGGGCGCAACGGUGCGAUUUUAUGACACAACGCCGGUCGGUCGCAUCAUGAACAGACUUUCGAAAGAUCUCGAAACGAUCGAUCAGGAUAUCCCGAGUCAUUUGCUUUUCCUUCUGACGGAGAUCAUUAUGACCAUCGGUACCUUACUGGCCAUCGCGUUCGCCGUGCCAAAAUUCCUACUAGCAGGCAUCGGCAUCACUGCGCUCUACACUUCCAUCGCAUGGGCUUACCUCGGUAGCUCGCGCGAGCUUAAGCGAAUGGAGUCAAUCACGCGAUCACCUCUCUUCUCGCUUUUCGGAGAAUGCUUACAAGGAGUCGUCACAAUCAGAAGCUACGGAGACUCGUCCCGCAUGCUACGAAAGAUCUUUACAUUGCUCAACGAGACCAAUCGGCCUUUCAUCAAUCUGUGGCGGGCCAAUCGCUGGCUGUCGGUUCGAGCAGACGCUUGCGGCGCUCUCGUCAGCCUCGCGACCGCACUGUUCGUGCUGCUCAAUCCCUCGAUAGAUGCAGCACUAGCGGGAUUCGCUCUCAGCUACGCCAUGUCUUUCAACGAGCGUGUCCUUUGGCUGCUGAGAUACGCCGCAAAUGUCGAGCUCAACUUCAACAGUGUUGAGCGUGUUCACGAAUACCUCAACCUGCCGCAAGAGCCAACAGAUGGACUUACGCCGUCAAGACAGUGGCCAUCUCCAUCUGGGUCGGGCAUUGAGUUCAAAGACGUUCGAGCGCAGUAUGCCGUCGAUACAGAGAUUGUUCUGCACGAGGUGUCGUUCAAAGUCAGGCCUGGUGAGAAAGUAGGCAUCGUCGGUCGAACAGGCUCCGGUAAAUCGACUCUUACGAAUGUUCUCUUCCGAUUGAUGCCUUUUGAAGGCCAAGUGAUCAUCGACGGCGUUGACACUCAUACGAUCGCAUUGAAAGCACUUCGAUCCCGACUUACAACCAUCCCGCAGACGCCUCUUCUUUGGCAAGGCACGAUACGAUUCAAUCUAUCGCCCUUUGGACUCGAUGACGACGCCUCACUUUGGUCAGUGCUGCAACGCGUCGGCCUUGUAGGCAAUAGCGGCAGUCAGAUCAAGCCUGAGAGCGGCAUCACAGAUCUUGAGCUCGAGACCCUCGUUGCGGAAGGCGGCAAGAAUCUCUCGCAAGGCCAACGACAGCUACUUGCCUUUGCACGCGGUCUGCUGCAGCUGAAGCAUUCAAACAUUCUCGUGCUCGACGAGUCGACUGCAUCGCUCGAUCAAGCGGCCGAUGAGAGGAUACAGCAGGCUCUCAGAGAGGAGACAGACACGACCAUACUGACAAUUGCCCAUCGUCUGGCAACCAUCAUUGAUUUCGAUCGGGUGCUGGUGCUCUCGCACGGCCGCGUGGUGGAAUACGACACACCUUACAAUCUGCUCGCAAAGCCUGACUCAGCCUUCUCUGAGCUAUGCCGUGCAAGCGGCGAAGACGCACUCUUCAGGGAUAGACUCGCAAUCAAUAUAUAG